CAUUCACAGAGUGUGCACACACGGGAACGACACACACACGCACACACCAAAGGAUUUUAACACCUCCUAUUUGACUGUGUGCGGCAGCAGAGCUGUUACCUAGUUACAAGCUAGACACCGUGCGACCUGCGCUGUUCAUAAUGUUGCGGUGGGGACUCUGAGUGCAUCAGUCUGUCCGGAGCAGACGGAGGGAGAAGUGAGACGGAGGCGGACGGAGGAGCGCAGCGGGCUGCUUCUCUGCUGGAGAUGCCACUGGAACUCAUCCCGACGGAGGCAAAGUGCAGCGGCUCUUCUCGCGUUGUUUCACCGAUAAAUCCAGCAAAGCCCCGGUAAAAGUCUGGUCCUGAAGGUGCGGAGAAGUCUCAGCUUUAAGCAGAACAGAUGGGUGGGAGCUGAGAUCACAAAGCAACAUGGGUGACGCGUCGUAUUCCGGCCUGGAGAUGACGGCUGAGACGUGGGAGAACGGCAGCUUUGCGAGCCCCUCGCCGGGUCUCCCACUGUUUCCGCUCAUGUUCAACGACAGCGAUCUGAACGACACGCUGUUCAACUCCACCAACUCCACCGCCCCUGAUGCCUUCUCGGGUCCCAGCGUAGCAGGGGUCCUCAUCCCACUCAUUUACAUAAUUGUUUGCAUCAUCGGCCUGGGCGGCAACACUUUAGUGAUUCACAUUGUUCUGCACUACUCAAAGAUAGAGUCCGUGACAAACAUCUAUAUUCUCAACCUGGCCAUCGCCGACGAACUCUUCAUGCUCGGCCUGCCUUUCCUGGCGGUGCAGAACACGCUCCAGUCAUGGCCCUUCGGCUCCUUCAUGUGCCGACUGGUCAUGACUGUCGACUCCAUCAACCAGUUCACCAGCAUCUUCUGCCUGACCGUAAUGAGCAUCGAUCGCUACCUCGCCGUGGUCCACCCCAUUCGGUCUUCUAAGUGGCGGCGCCCUCAGGUGGCCAAAGUGGUGAAUGGCACCGUGUGGGCACUGUCAUUCCUUGUUGUUCUGCCAGUGGUCAUCUUUGCUAACAUCCAGAAAGCAGGAGGCACCUGUAACAUCGCCUGGCCCCAGCCGGCUAACAUCUGGAGGGCUGCUUUCAUCAUUUACACCUCCACCGUUGGAUUCUUCUGCCCUCUUCUCAUCAUCUGCCUCUGCUACCUGCUCAUCGUCUUCAAGAUCCGCAGCUCGGGGAAGAAAGUCCACGCCACCUCAACCAAGCGGAGAAAGUCGGAGCGGAAAGUGACACGCAUGGUUGUGAUUGUUGUUGCUGUGUUUGUUUUCUGCUGGUUACCUUUCUAUGCCCUCAACAUCAUCAACUUAUUGGUGGCCCUGCCACCAGAGUACCAGGGCCUUUACUACUUUGUCGUAGUGCUCGGUUAUGCUAACAGCUGCGCCAACCCUAUCGUCUACGGCUUCCUGUCAGACAACUUCAAGCGGGGUUUCCGGAAAGCCCUCUGCCGCUCCACGAGGAAGGUGGAGAACCACGAGCCCCUGGAGCACCAGCAGCAGGACGAGGGCAGGAGGGCGCUCAUGCCCAGAGAGAGCCUGAGACGAGCAAUCAGGGAUGAAGAGGAUGAUGAUGAAGAGGUGGUUUCAGAAAUGACUGAGAUAUACAGAAUUGCCCAGAAUGGAAACAGCAGCUACCAGCUGCAGAGCUCGCAGCCGUUAUUCUUAGAGAAAGGCGCGACACCUGGAGUCACAGAGCUAGCCUCCCCAGAUAGGCGGGAUAAUAUGGGGGAUAUGAAAGGGAAAGACGCCAACGGGGCCACCCUGACUGUCCCACUGCUUCUCAACGGAACCAAGGGUGGGAGCACUAAAACGCUACCAGAGGAAAACUUGGAACCAAGCGCAUCAUUGGAGAUAAGUUACCUCUAGUGUAAAACAUGAACUUUAAGUUUAUGGGACCGAUGUGGAGUGAGUAUAAUACAGGGUGGCCUGCUUCUAAGCCAAAAAAGAAAAACAACCCAUAACAACCUAUUAAUGAACACUUGGGUGGGUCUUAACAUUUUUUCAUCAGUGUACACAUUAAAAAGCAUGUUUAUAAUGUAAAUUUUGUUUAUAUGCAUGCCUGUAUGUACAAAUAUGUGCCUUUAAUUGGUUUGAUCACCAUUUUUUCUGCUCUUUUAAGCUGUUAUAUUCCAUAAUGUGAAAAUCAUUUGCUCAGGUUUGGCUGUAUUUAAGCUUCAGUCGCCAUCUAGGUUGAUGACAUGGGUGUUGUUACUGCAACUAUUAUAAAACCAAAUGCCUGCAGCUCCAGCUCCUAGAAAUCCUAGUUUGUCUGUUAGUUUCAUUUUGCUGUCGGGAUCACACUUUGUGUUUUCUAUAGAGAGUCAAACAGGUAAAGAGGUGGUCGGGGUGGAUGAACAACAUGCAAAAAAAAAAAUGUUUCUGAUUGGGUUAGGACAAAAGCACUCAUUUUCACACUCAGUGAAUCCAGGAAAAAGUCAAUGUAUUACAUAUUUUUUGAAUAUGAUUGUUUAAUUUAACAUAACCACCAGCUGCCAGCUCCUAAACAUACUCAGCAUCUCAUUAAUAGUGUCAUAUUUUAUCUUUAAAUACUUAUUUAACCCCUUGGAUGCAUGGUGCACUGUUAAAUUAAUCCUUAUACACUUUAUACCGGGCUCUGUGCAAGGCAUAGUUAAGGUUAUGAGAACUGUGGAUCUAUGAUAUAAACUAUCUAUAUACUAUAUAAUUUGUGGAAAACUGUUUUCUCUUACUUACAUUAUUAGUAUGUUAUUAUUUUCCAAGCCUGCUGCACUUUUUCAAAUUCCAGGGACCCAUUAUGUUCAUUUCCUUGCCUCAUAUUUUCAUUCUUUGCUUCUACUAGAGUAACUUUACACAAUUAGCAGUUGAGAUGAAUCCUUAUUUAGCUUCCACUUCCCUCAGUUUAUCCUCCAUCUAAAACAAGUUUCUCUGUUCAAGACAACUUUUGAUUGGCUGGCCCCGCACAUACAGAAAUUUUAAACUCAUGACCAAAUGUUUUGGCAGUGGCACACAUUUUGUGUUUUGUACACUUUGUCACUUCAGUUUUUACUUGGAUUAUUUUCAGCAUAAGCAUUCUUUGCUUUUUUUUUUUUACUGGUGAAUAAUCAGUUCGGGCCCAAGUCCUGAUUGAUGGUAAUCCAUUUCUGUGUUAUCAGUGCUUCAAGUCGAUCACCCUUUGUGGGCUUCAGGUUAUCUGCUUGCUUUUAAAGGACUGAUCAUACGAAAAACAUGCUCAAAGAUCAGCUUCUUCCAAUGGUCCAAGAGCAAUGGGGUGAUAAUCUGUGCAUUUUUCAGGAUGAUGGAGCACCACGUCAGAAAUCAAAGCGAUAACUAAGGUCAAAUCAGCUUUUUGGAUCAACGGCCAGGAAUCUCCUCAGAUCUAUUUCUUAAUCCCACCGAGAUUUAAUCUUAGAAAUGUGCCAUCAUUCAGGAUUUGGCUCAGAGGCUGAUAUCCACCACGCCACAAAUAACGUUUGUAUGAAAG